AUGACGUAGCGGGUCGCGCUGUGAGAGUGGAGCGCUCCGAGCAACAGAAACAGCAGCCGCGGACCCGAACACCGACAACCCGCCCGGAGAGCCAAACCGCCGGACCCGCCGGCUCCACACACCGCCCGCCAUGAGUCUGGACAAGGCCGAGCUGUGUGACUCGCUGCUGAGCUGGUUGCAGAUCUUUCAGGUGCCGUCAUGUUCAAGCAAGCGAGAUCUCACCAGUGGAGUGGCCAUCGCUCACGUACUGCACAAAAUAGACCCGUCCUGGUUUAAUGAGACAUGGCUGGGGAGGAUAAAGGAGGAGAGUGGAGACAACUGGAGGCUCAAGGUCAGCAACCUGAAGAAGAUUCUGCAGAGUAUGAUGGAGUAUUACCAUGAUGUGUUGGGACAGCAGGUAGCAGAUGAACAUGUUCCAGAUAUUUCUCUGAUUGGGGAGAUGGGGGAUGUGGUGGAGUUGGGCCGGCUGGUGCAGUUGGUUCUGGGCUGUGCAGUGAGCUGCGAGAAGAAGCAAGAGCACAUUCAGCAGAUAAUGACCUUGGAGGAGUCUGUCCAGCAUGUUGUCAUGACAGCUAUCCAAGAGCUGCUGACCAAAGAGCCUGUGGAAUCUGGGAGUCCGGACACUUACGGAGAUUUUGAUUACCAGUCAAGGAAGUAUUACUUUUUGAGUGAGGAGCUGGAUGAGAAGGAUGAUGUGUCGCAGCGCUGCAGGGAGCUGGAGCAGCAGUUGUCUGCGAUGAUGGAAGAGAAGUCCUUACUCCAGACGGAGCUGCAGUCCCUGAAGGAUCGUCUGAGUCGCUGUGAGCCUCAGGAUGCCGCCACCACAAUCACAGGCAAAAAGCUGCUGCUUCUGCAGAGCCAGAUUGAGCAGCUGCAGGAGGAGAACUACAGACUGGACAACAGUCGUGAUGACCUGCGCAUCAGGAGUGAAGCUCUGGAGAGAGAAGUAUCUGACCUGCAGCAUCGCAAUGAGGAACUGACCAGCCUGGCCCAAGAGGCUCAAACACUCAAAGAUGAAAUGGACAUUCUCCGGCACUCCUCGGACCGGGUGAGUCGUCUGGAGGCCCUGGUUGAGACUUAUAAGCGUAAGUUGGAGGAUCUGGGGGACCUGCGCAGACAGGUGCGUCUGCUGGAGGAGAGAAACACCGUCUACAUGCAGCGCACCUGUGAACUGGAGGAGGAGCUGCGGCGGGCCAACGCUGGGCGCACACAGCUGGACUCCUACAAGAGACAGGUUCAUGAGCUUCACACCAAACACUCGUCUGAGGCCAUGAAGGCGGAGAAGUGGCAGUUUGAGUAUAAGAACCUUCAUGAUAAGUAUGAAGCCCUGCUGAAAGAGAAGGAGCGGUUGAUAUCAGAGAGGGACACGCUGAGAGAGACCAAUGAGGAGCUUCGCUGUGUUCAGGUCCAGCAGAAAUGUCUAAACCAAGCAGGCUCCCUGGUUUCUGAUUCUGGAGCAGUGGGUAACCUGGCCUCUGAAAUCAUGCCUACAGAGUUCAAGGAGACAGUGGUACGUCUGCAGAGUGAAAAUAAGAUGCUGUGUGUUCAGGAGGAGUCAUACAGGCAGAAACUCGGGGAGGUGCAGCUCCAGCUGGAGGAGGCGCAGCGCAGCCAGAACACACUCGAGACUCAGAACAGGUUGAGCCAGCAGCAGAUAGCGCAGUUACGCUCUCAGGUGGAGGACUUGCAAAAAGCUCUGCAGGAGCAGGACAGCAAAGCUGAGGAUUCGUCCCUACUGCAGAAGAAGCUAGAGGAGCAUCUAGAGAAGCUGCAUGAGGCCCACUCAGAUCUACAGAAGAAGCGAGAAGUUAUUGAUGAUCUGGAGCCUGGCGUGGACAGCAACAUGGCAAAAAAGAUUGAUGAAUUGCAGACGAUUUUGAGAAAGAAAGAUGAGGACAUGAAGCAGAUGGAGGAAAGAUAUAAGCGCUAUGUGGAAAAAGCUCGGACGGUCAUAAAGACUCUGGACCCCAAGCAGAAGCCCCACUCAGUUCCUCCAGAGGUUCAGGCUCUGAGAAACCAGCUGUCGGAGAGAGACAGGAAGAUCCAACAUCUGGAGCAUGACUAUGAGAAGACCAGAUCCAGACAUGAUGUGGAGGAGAAGCUAAUCAUCAGUGCUUGGUACAACAUGGGUAUGGCUCUGCAUCAGAAGGUUGUAGGGGAGCGAAACAGCUCUCCAGGCCAGGCCCAGUCCUUCCUGGCCCAGCAGAGGCAGUCCACACAAGCUCGAAGAGGCUUGUCUGCCCGCCUCCAGCCCAGAUAACAAACACACACACAUGGAUUACACUUAACAGAGAGAGAGAGAGACACACACACAGACUGCCCUUAUACUCUUCUCUCCCUGCCUACAGGAACAUCAUCUUUGCCCACAACUUGUCCAGAAUCUCUGUGGGUAACUGGAAGCACUUUGCUGCCCCUUAGAGUUGAACCCUAAAAAGGCGAGGGUUGUUUUUGCUGCUGGUUGAACGUUCAUCUCCGUUUCCUUGCCUUUUGGGGUGUGGUGUUGGAGCUGAAAACAUUAUGGUGAAAGACUGUGAGAGAGAACAAACUGACAUUGAGAAGGGAGAGUGUUGUUGCCUGCUGUUACUUUAUUUUCUUUAUUUCCUUAAAAACUUUUAUUCUUUUCUAGUGGGAUAGUUGGAAAGAUUAUUUUUAAUAACGAUACAGGGUUUCUUUUUCAAAGCGCUUUAACCUGCCAUAUAUAGGUACAUGUUGGGCUUAGCCGAUCGGGAAUCAGGGAAUAAAUACUAGGACUUUAGAGACUAAACUCCCAUACUUUUUUCUUAUUUUAAACUCCCAUCCUUCUUGCUUUUACCUUUAAUUUGUCGUCAAUCCAUCCAGUUAAGCAUUUGGCCAGACGGUACAAAGCCUGCAUGGUGUAGCCAUUCAUGUUGGUCAGUAAUGGCUGUGGUAAAUCUCCUGCUGCACAAAUGCUGCUCAUAUCAAGUGAUGUUCAUAUGUGUCUUGUCUGAUUUGGUUUUUGGACUUGUUUGAAUGCUGGCAUGUUUAUUUAGUUUUUAUUUUUUCUUCGUUUAAUUUGAUCUCAAGUUUUAACCCUGGUUUGUUUUUGUGUUUUAUCCAUAAUUAACGUGUGUUUUUUUCUUUUAAACAAGUCAUGUUUUAGCACCUUUCCUUGUGUAGGCAUUAGUGCUGUAGGUGUAGCAUAACGCUUAGUCAAACUUGAUCUAGUUAAUUUUGAUUGCUGGCUCAGUAAAUGUACCAUAGAUCUAAGUCUAUGGUGGAAAUCGGUGCCUCUGUAGAUUUGAGCCGUGGCUGUUUUAAUGCUGUCCACUUGCUGAAGUCGAAGAUGUUGACCCUGAGAAUGUUGACCAGUCUGGUGUUGGACAGUAGACUGGGACUCUCCAGUGAUAAACUGGUAGCUAGUUAUCUCUGCAGGUUAGCAGGUAUGUGAAUCACAUGAACUAAAGCAAAUUGUAAAAUGAUUACUGAGUAACUAUUAUAGUGUAUAUUAAGUCUGGUGGUUUCUCAUCCAUGCAUUAAAUGAAGAGAGCUUUAUUCAUUUUUUUGGGUCGCAUUCUAUCAAAGGAAAAUGGUUUCUGCUUGGUGGAGGACAACACAAGCCUCUGUGUCUGUAAUGUGUGAUAGUAAAAUAUCUUCUUGGAAUGCUGACUCAAAAUAAUAAGAAUGACAAUAAUGACUUGGUAUCUCAAACAAACAACUUUUUGGAGAAGCCUAGUCGUACAGUAUAUAGUCCUUUUAAUGGAAAAUCUCAGUUCAGGUAGUCCAAGACCUGGCAAAUGCUGCAUUCUAUUUACCUCAGAUGUUGAAUGUUGGAGCUGAGAAUGAUAUCAUACCAGAGUUGACUGCGUUCCAGACAUUUAUAUCAGCUGUUUUUGCUAUCAUUGUUGGUGAUACCAGUUGAUGCAUUAUGCAAUAUUUUGUGCAUCUGAACAGCAUGUAAUCAUGUCCACAGAUAGAAGUAAGGAGACACUAAUAGAAAUGAUGAACAGUAUAAUAACACUAAUUUACUACUGUUUAUGUGCAGGGCUGCCAUCUUGGAUUGUGAACUGUGUUUGUGAGACACUUCCAACUUAAAAUUUCUUACUGGGAACUAGGACAUUCUGACACUCAAGCUCAAAAGAGGCGCAGCAUUAUUUUCUCUAUUUUUAAUUAAAUUCUUAUGUUGUAAUGACAACGUAUUUUUCCUAAAUAUUGACUUCUCAAAAUGGGCCAUUAAAUGGGGACAGUUAGUCUAUCAUGGUUUAUUUCCCCAAAAUACUAAUUAUUAAAAAGUGAGCUCUUUAAGGAAAAGACAUCAGAUGAAUUUUUGGAGAUAUCAGUCAAAACUAGUAGAAUUCCUGGUUUUUCCACAGCACCUAAUUUUCAUGGUGAACUGCUUACAGAUGAAAUAUGAGAUAAAAUCAAUGUUAGUAAUGCAUUGAUAAGAAAUAUAUAACUAAUUAUGUUCUUUAUAUGCUGGUAUCACUACAAAAAGUGGUUCUGCUUUCUGUCUGAAUCUGCUGAAUUAGCUAAUGCUAUCUGUUUUAAACUGGUUUAUUUGCACAAAGUGAAAGAGCCUUUAGCCGCUAGCAAUGAAGGUUUAUUCUUAAACCAUAAGCUACCAAAGUUCACAGCUGUAUUUGUAUUAUUAUUAUUAUUAUUUUAUUUUACUUUUUCUGGACACCACUGUAGCUAUGUCUUUCUGGUUUCAUUAUAGUUUCAAAACUGUCUGAAAGUAGCGCCUCACUGGAAGAUGGAACUCUGAGUGAAAAGCUGUGGGAACUGGUUAGCAUGAUGCUAACAUAUGUUAAGAUAAACUAGUUCCUGAAUGUUUUCACUUGGCAUUAGCUAAUUAGCAUUUUGUGACUAAAAUACUCCCAUAACAGUGACUGACUGACUGACUUUACCUACAUCAAAUCUGUUUGUGUUCGUGUGUGUUAUUUGUGUCCGGAGCACAUUUUUGUUUAACAGUUGAAUUUGUUUGGUUUCACAACACUAAAACUGAAUAUGUGAAAGGUGUGGGUUUUCUUUAUUGAGAGCAUUUUGUCACAGAGACACUGGAGUGGAUAUGUUUGAAUUAUAUUUACAUGUUUUAAGUAUUUUUUUAAUGUUAUUUUUUUUUGGUGUGGGUCAAGCACUAGUUGUAGAUCACAUUAGUUCAUGUUCCAUAAUUUGCACUGCAAUAAAACAAUGAACAGCUGUACUAGAAAACAA